AUGUCACCGAUCACCACUCUACUUCUAUGCCUGAGCCUUGGCCUCAUCUCCCUGGUCCAAGGCUACCCUAAUGAUUUCGAUGAAGCUGAAGGCGUCGCCGAUCUCAUGGGCGACGACGAGCUCGAAGGACUAGAUGAGAUGCCGAUGAUGGCGGCCGGUGCGACCGGGGAAGGAGAGGGGGGCGGUGAAGGACUCAGCGCCCAGGACCAACUCUUAGCUUUCUACGAACGAGACAGGAGAGAGGCGAAUUUGAAUAAGAGAUAUGACGGCAUCAGCAAUUUAGAUCGCUCAAUCACAGACUACUCAUCAACCCUGCUAUGUAGAGUCGGAGACUUUUGCAAGAAACAGUUCGAAAACACAUUCAACUGCAAGUGCAACCAACGUACUUACUGCGUCGCACGCGGAAGGAAUUACAAUGCACAAUGCAGCAUCAGCUAUUUCGGACGACUUGUCUUCUACCAGCCCAUCAUCCAGGGGAAUAAAUCUCGAAAAAAUAAUAAACAUAAACAGACGAACAGCAACCCGACCAACGGCGAACCGCUCAGCAUCAAACUAACCAACAAUCCGAUUACCAACAAACCGACCAACAGCGAUUCGAUUACCAAUAAACCGACCAACAGCAAUCCGAUUACCAACAAACCGACCAACGGCGAACCGAUUAACAACAAACCGACCAACAGCAAUCCGAUUACCAACAAACCGACCAACAGCAAUCCGAUAAACAACAAACCGACAAACGGCAAACCAAUCAACGGUAAAGCAACUAACAACAAGUAA